AAACCACAGUCUCUAAACAGUUCGGUGCCAAGAAUCGAGGAUGACUUCAGAGUCGAUUUGGGAUGUUGCUGAUGGUGAUUCAAAAGACAGCAUCUUUUUUAGUGAAGAUGUCUUUAAAACCUACUCCACAAAUCCAAGAUAUGAGAAUCUUUUACAAAUGCAUGUACCGUCACACAAUGUUAAGAAACUUGAAAAGAAAAAGACAUUACCCAAGCCAUUGAAACCAUAUCAAGUUAAGAGGCUGUUGCAAAGUUCCAAACCUCAGUUUCCAUACCCCAGAUUUUCAAAUCUCACAAGCCAUGAUAAACGACAGUACCUCAAGUUGUGGAGAAAAUUUCAACACUUCCACACUGAGAUGUUACGCAUGUAUCCUAAUCAACAAGAGAUGACUACGUUUAUGGAAUUAAAGACAAAAGUCAUGGCAGAACAGGAGGAAUUCAACAGAUAUUUAGAAUAUAUUGCAAGGCAUUGCCCAGAAGAUUAUAAUUUCAUUAAUAAUGAUGUUAACAGAUAUGUAGACGAGUUGAUGGCAUGCUAUAAAAGCUCACUAUGCAUGUAUCCACAACAGUAUUCAUUGUACCAGACUCUAGGUAUAAGUACUGGCAUGUCAUUUCCAUCAGACUCUAUGUUGAAACGUGUCAAGACAUUAUUAACACUGGGUAAUGUUUCAUAUAAGGUAAUACCGUUAUACGAAAAGAAGACAUUUGUAUCUAGACAGUAUUCUAAUAUGGUAUGUGAUUUCCCACCAUGUGAUGUUGUAUAUUCAAUUCCACAAAGCUCCUGCACAGAGUGGAAAAGACAGCCUGUAAGUAAAGAUGUGAAUGCUAAAAAAUUAGCUGAUAAAUAUAAAGUGGAUACGAUAAUAUCAAUGAGUGGACUAGAAACUCUUAUUAACAACCAUCCACCAUAUUAUACUGAACAAUGGGAGAUUCCAGUGAAUAUAAUACAAGAUGACAGUGAUGAAUCAAGAAAAACUAUUUACAUUGAUAAACCGUUGGCAAAGAAACAGAUGUCACUUCAACAGAAAAAUUUACUGUAUCAUCAGAUCUCAUUACCCAGAUUAUUCAGACCAAAGAUGAGCCAGAAAUCAUUGCCCCUUGAAGUGGUUGUGUGUCCUAAUGAAGGAAGUCAUCAUGUCCAGUCUACCCUGUCAAAUGAACAGAGUCUGGUCAGGGAACAGGUGACACACCUCAUGAAAGAUUCUGAUGUUGACAGUCACAAGGAUGCUUGCUUGCUUGCUAACCAAAAUGAGCAGAACAUGGUAAGAGAGGAAUUGUCUUCUUCUGUAGAACAAGCAUCCAUGGCUAGAACAAGCAAGGCUUAUAAGCACACUGUGGAGACCUUUCAAUGCAGUAAAGAUGCAAGUCAGGAUGCUAUUGGUGUUAAAACUAAAUCUAACCCGUAUGGGAGGGAACAAAUUGAUAUAAAUCUGAACAAAUUAGAUACUCAAAAUAUUGCUGACAAUUCAGGGACUGAAAUUGAUACAACUGAUACCGAGCAUGGCCUUCUUAUUGUCACAGAAGAUGAAGAGCUUGACAAGGAGGUGGGAGUAUCCAACAAGGCAGAGGAUGUUGCUAUGGAAACAGAUGAUGAAUUAGUGAUGAAGCCGAAAAAAAGAAACAAUCCUUUCAUCUCGCAGCUGGGUGUCACUGAUUCUAGCGUUAAAGCAAAACAAGGUAAUUUAAUGAGAGACAGUCAGAAACAGGAGAAACGAAAAAAUUUUUUAUAUGAUGGUGACAUAUCGUCAGAUGCAGACAGAUUGUUAUACAUUGAUGAUUAUGUUGUCGUUGAGAAAAAUAUGAACUCAAUAAAAUGUGACCAUGAAGAGUUGAAUCAGAGCAAUUUUGAAUGUCUGCCAAAAGGCAAGAUUUCCACCCCAAUUAGACGCUCUGCGAGGUUACACAAUCUGACUCAGUCAUCAUCUGACGAAAGUCUGAAUGAUACUGAUCUUACACCAGCACAAAAAAGAAAUCAUGGUAAGAAAAAGAACAAUGAGGAAGAGAGAACUGAUGAAAAAUUUCUAUGCAAAAAUAUGAAAACUAGCAGAUUGAAGGAAACUACAUUGAGUGAUGAGACUCUUCCCAUAAGAAGAAGUAAACGACUGAAGAAGAGUUCCGAUGAAGAUCUUUCCUCAAAUGAUGAGAUAGGCAAGACUAUAAAUGAUGGAGAGAUACAGUGUUGCUCGGAAAAAGAGAUGAGUAGUGUCAAGCAAAAUAGAAUGGAAGAAGAACCCAUAGCUGCGGGCGAAAAGAUUAAUGUGCAGGAAAAUCAAACAGAACAGCUGAUUUUGGGGAAGAAAAAUUAUGAACCAAGGUUUUUAUGUGAUGAGUUAGUUGGACAGAGAAAUGUAAAAAAAGGAUCAGUUAUUAUCCCACAGGGUAAGGUAUCAAAGAAUACCAAACAAUGUCAGGUUACAGGGAAAAUAAAGACGCCAACAUCACAAUGUGAUACGCUUCUGGAUGGUAUAUUCAAAUUAAAAGAGAAAUUAGCUGAAACAAAGGACAAAGUUGCACCAUCGAUGGAGCAACCUGGUCAGCACACGAUUGAACACUCAGAGUUGGCAGGUGGGAGUCAAAUAACAGAGGAUAAAACAGAGUAUUUGCAUCCCAGCAAUGGCAAUGUUAUGUACAGUCUCUGGAACUUUGGUAAAGUAUCAUUGUUGAUCAGAAACCAAGUGUGUGGCUACAUCAAGGAAGGAGGGCAGCUGAAGGCACUUACAAUCUCACCAAAGCUAGAGUACCAGCCUAAGUUCGGUUUGGAGCAAAUAUCUGCAGGUCAGCUUUCUACAGAAUGGAUUCGCAUGUACGCACAACCCAACUCUAUGGUGGUCGUAUCAAUGCAUACACUUCGGAAGUUAUCACCCUAG